AUGCCAUUGGAUAGUGACUACAGUGAUGAAGAAGACUAUCCAAAAAUUCAGAAAACAAUUUCUGAUUCAAGUUCUUUACCUUUGGUAUUGGAAGAAAGAUCAGAAAAAUUUGCAAGUGAACGUAACAAAUGUAUAUUGGAUGCUACAAGAGUUUCUCUAAAAGCUUUCAUAAUAUUAAAAUUAUCAGAAGUCAUGCGAAUAUCAGGUAAACUUAUCGCCCUUAAGAUCUUUGGUUGA